GAGAGAGAGAGAGAGAGAGAGAGAGAGACCAGAUUUUAGCCCUUGUCGAAGUUCAGAGUAUCUGGCUACUGCCUUCUCCGAGGAGGAGUCUAAGUUCAGCAUCCCUGUUAAGAGUCCUUAGGGGCUGGGAUGGCUCCGGCGAGCUUUAGUCCCCCUUGCUAGCAAUAUAGCCUACCCUGGCCGUGCUCUCAGCAAGUGUUCCCCUCCUACCAGUUUGGACAUCACCCCUUUUGCUCAGGUCAGUUUACACUUGACCUUGCCCAGCACCCCACUGGAAGCGCCCACCUGCAGUUCCUGUGGAGAGUGGGACGGGUCCCCGUCCGCCCCCCCCACCCCCUCCCGCCGUGGCAGAGCCACACCCUCUGGCUGCACCUCCCCCACCGUCCAGUCCAGGCUUGGGGUUGAACUUUGGGGCUUUGCUGGGAGGGGGAUGGGGAGGUGACGGGCUUCAAAGGAAGAACCAAGACAAUGACUCCUGCUUGUGAUUGGCUUUGGAGGGUCCCUUCUUACGUUGGGAUCGCCAGCUUGCUGAGAGGAGGUUGAAGGGCUGGAGGGGAGCCCCUGCCAGUGACUGGCAGGACAGCCUUUCCUUUAAGCGGGAAACUUUGUUUCCUGGUGCUGAUAAGCUGGAGUUCUCCCACCCCACGCCUCCUUUGGGAAACACUAUUGAAAGAACACCAGGUGCCUGUUUUGCCAUCCAAGUAGGCAUCUCCUCACUCUCCAGGGAUGAGGGCAGAGAUAGGACCAUAGAUAGUUCCAGGAAUAGAUGGGAUGGAGGGGGUUGAAACAAGCACCUCAGAGACAGCUUGCAUUUAGGAAAGCCAGGAUUUCUGAAUUUAACCGGGAUUUCUUUAAGUACUUUACCAACCCACAGACCCUUUGGCUUGCUCUUCAAAGGCAAGAGACUGGGAGACAGAAUUCCCAGGGAAUCUAAUAGAAUCUGGCAGUGACAAACAUUGUCUCUCUGUAUCCUUAACCUAUUCAGGUGGUUGUUGCUUCUGGCUGCCCCAGGGGCCUUGAGGGGUUCCUAGUGUAUGUGUGUAGGGGUCUGGGUUCGGAUCUCAAGAUGCUGGAUGGCUCCAAGCUCAGACUUCCAAGAGCCAACAAGUGGAGCAAGAACUUCUUUAUUACCAAGAAACUCAUCAACAACCUGUAUAGCCAGGGAGAUGGAGCCGCCUCAGUGUGUGGAAGAGCUGGAGGAUGAUGUGUUUCAGCCAGAGGAUGGGGAUCUGGGGACCCAGCCUGGGAGCUUGCCCUCUGCUGACCUGUUUGCUCAGAGCCAGCUGGACUGCCCCCUCAGCCGUCUGCAGCUCUUCCCUCUCACCCACUGCUGUGGCCCUGGGCUGCGACCCACCAGCCAGGAAGACAAGGCCACCCAGACGCUCAGUCCAGCCUCCCCAAGCCAGGGUGUCAUGCUGCCUUGUGGGGUGACUGAGGAACCCCAGCGACUCUUUUAUGGCAAUGCUGGCUACCGGCUCCCUCUCCCUGCCAGUUUCCCUGCAGGCUUACCUCUUGGCGAGCAGCCCCCUGAAGGGCAGUGGCAACAUCGAGCAGAGAUACAGAUUGCCCGAAAGCUUCAGUGUAUUGCAGACCAGUUCCACCGGCUUCAUAUGCAGCAACACCAGCAGAACCGAAAUCGGGUGUGGUGGCAGAUCCUCCUGUUCCUACACAACCUCGCUUUGAAUGGAGAUGAGAACCGGAACGGGGCAGGUCCCAGGUGAGGCUGGGCUGCCCUCUUCGAAAGGGGCAUCACAGGAAGGACAUCAGCGAGGACUGACUCUGUGUCUUGUGAAGUGGUUUUUUUUUUUGUUUUGUUUUUAUUUUAAAAGUUUAUCUCUGUGUACAUAAGACAUACCCAAGGGGGACCUCUUUCCCUGUUCGGGGCCUCCACCAGGAAUGGGGGCCUUUGUCAAACACUGUUGAAGUAGAGGUUGAUGUGUCUGUGACGGUGGGACCUCCUAAGGGCUCUGAUGAGCAGAUUCUUCAGUCAACAGUUGUCGAAGAUGACCAGGUAGUAUGUUCUCUGGCAAGUGGACUAUAGUUUUCCCACAGGAACUCGGUUAAGAAAUAGACUGGAUUAUUAGAGUCCUGGUUCUGCCAAACGUAUCAGCCUUCACCGUGGAGGGGACCGAGAUCCGGAUGGUCACACUGCUUUAACCCACCAGGGCCUUGGCCAGGGGCUUUCCAGCUGAGCACGGCAACUUCACCAGGCCGGUCAGCCUAUAUCUGGGUUCUCAUUUGGCCCAUCCAGUGCCUGCCCCAAGGGCUCAGGGAUUCUUGUCCAGCCCCUGUCAUCUCCAGCAGACCUCAGGGAGGGUUGGGUUUCUCCAAGGACCCCUCAAACAUGCCGCAAAAUGAACCAAACUUCUGGGUAGGUCUCAAAACUGACUUGGUCCCACUUGGAUGCCCCAGGAUUGGUCCUGAGGUACAGAGAACCACUGCCACCUCUGGCUUCCUGGAACUGGCUGGGUGUGAGCCAUGGAUGAGGCAAAUAGCCAAUCAAUGUGCUGUCACCAGCAGCGUGUACCUUGUCAGCUCUUCUCUCCAAAGACCCAGCAACAGACUGUAUUCCACUGCCAGUAUCAGCUCUCUAGGGCAUGCAGGGGCAGGAUUACAGUGGGACUGGGAAAUGUGGCCAUCCCACCUGUAAGAGUCAGCCUUAGAGGAACCCAGACCCCUUGGUUUCCUUGGAAACAACAUACCUCCUCCCCCUUACCCCCAUUCCUUUUUCACACCUAGUAUGAUACAGGAAGAAGCCAGCACAGUGGCUUUGUCAGCUGAAAUGUGUCUUUUAGAGUAACAGACAAUGAUUAAGAGUGCGGAACCGGCAAAGCUGGGUACACAUUUCCUGUCUUCCUUCAGCUUCCAGCUAGGCCAGAAGGGUGUGCUCUGGAACUCAGCAGGAUUACAGCUGCCUCUGAACUUCUUCCUUUCUCUCCCUGCUGUGGCGCGAAUGGAGAGAAUUUGAAACAGCCAGUCUGCCAGCUCUGAGAGCAGACCCAGGGAAUCUGAAAAGACAUAGGGAUUCUGGUUAACAAAACCUAUUAACCAGUCACCUAGAAAUUAAAUGGUAAUAUUUGCAUAUGUAAGAAAAGAUGACGUUGGUGCUACUGUUACGCCAUGCCCAAGGGAAGCAACACCCAAAGUAGAGAUGGCUUUCCUGGGCAGAGAAGACCCCAGGGCUACCCAAGGAAAUGGGAGGAGUCCAGAGUAGACUCUCAAAUCUGAAGAAGCCCGAGCUCCUCCAAUUCUACAAAGAGGUCUUCAGUACUGUUAAAGGAAGCAUUAAUCUUCUGCAUGUACAGUUGGGCGGGUUGUUCACUGCGCAAAGGCACCUGCAGAGGAAGAUAAUGGUGGCUAAACUCCAGCUGGUGCUCUGCUCACUAAAUUGUAUGCCCUGGUUUAGGGCUAUGUCUGUCCAGAAGAAGGGGUGCCUUUCCUAAUUUGCACAAAGGCGCCGUGUGGGCUCACAGUAGCCCUGAGGAGAAGGACCUCAAACUGUGCAUAAGCCUUUGUUUUGUUUUGCUUGGAUGUUCUGGAGGUAUUACCUCUUCUUGGCCAGAAUUAUAUUCUCAGGGUGUGUACCAUGGUUUGUCUGCUAAGAAGAUGGGUUCCCGCUUAUAAGGAGGAGCCCAGGGAACAGGCAUGAAGACUGGCUCUGGGACAUGCUGACCGUUGUGAAAUCCAGCCUUCCCUGCGUGUCUCCGCAUGAUGUGCAUAAGACAUGUGUUUUCUCCUCUCCUGGACCAAGGCUGUGAUGGGCAGGCUGCUGGUAUAUGCUUGAGUGGAACACACAAGAAAACCAGGAUUAUUUCUACCAACCAUUUUUAACCUCUCUUGGCGGACUUUCCACCUGAGCUGAGUGAGAGCAAAUAAAUGGUCUAAACUUUGGUGCUGAGGUAAAGCCGUGAGCUUCAGGGACCCAGCGAGGCCCAGGAGGAAUGCCCUGUGGCCUGUCCUGAGAACUGAGCCCAGAGUCUGACAAGCCCACCUAAACCUCAAGCCUAGUUCUCUGUGCAGCCGAGAACUAACUCACUAUCCUAAGAAAGCCAGGGCAAAACUUCAAACCUCCCUCCUUUCCCCUCCACCAGAAACCCAGGAGGUAACUGGCAGAAUAGCCCCAGGAGGGAGAGAGGCUCCUCCUGGCUGGCUGUUUUUAAUUGGCCUAGGGAUCUAGACCAGCCCCUUCCCCCUGCUGCCUGUAGAAUUGGUCUGAACAUUCCUCAAGUCCAGCCUCAGGAGACAAGUCCGUCCCAGUGGGCCCCCUCACCCCACCCCCCACCCCCAGAGGCUUGGCUGUCUCCAGUGAGGGGGUGGAGAAUCAGAUUUAGAGGGAGGGAGAGUCUGACCUGGGUCCUGACCUGUAACCAGCUGAAGACUUGUGGAGCUUUUGUGGUUUGCUGGGGGGGGGGGGGGGGGGGGGGAUUGGAAACCUCCCUCCCCAGUGUAGAAAUGCCCUGGAGGAAGGGAAGCCUGCCAUUCAGGAUCAGAAGAGGCCUUCCAACUCUGAACUCUGGGGUUCUGGAAGCUGUAGGCAGAACUGGGAGAGUACCCCCCAAGCCAGACAUCUGACUCCCCAAGCCAAUUGGAGGACUGGGUCUGGCCUCUGCCUUUGCCUGCUUCAAAGUCUGGGCUACUGGAGAGCCGCCCCCGUGGCCUCUUGCUCAAUCUGAGGCAGAUAGUUUACCUCCCAGUGACCUCUCCCAGCCCCUAGGGGAGUGGGUCUGUGUCCAGAGCUUAUGUGGCAGGCAUGUUCCAAAUGUUCCGAGGGGCCCAGCUGAUUUGUCUCACUGUCCCCAGCAGCCAGCUCUGUCUGAGGGUGGCUCUGGCCCGGGCAUGGCAAGGAGGGGUUGACUGGGAUGGUUCAGCCAGGGCCUCCAUCCACCCGAAGUCUUCUGGGAAGGAGGCUAGGCAGCCACUUGACUGUCCUGGUCAGCAAGGAGCACACUUGAAAGCUUGUUUUCUUGGGGGGACUUGGUGAAGAGAGGAUAAGGAGAGGGGAGAGCAGCAGAAGCAGGAAAAUUCAGUUGCCAUGGCUCUCAGGGCUUCUGCAAAGCUGUAGGGUCCCUCUGUGUGUGUGUGGAGGGGGCAUCCUUGGUGGCAGGCCACCCUGGCGGACUUGUUCCAGGAAGGGAUUAACCUAUCAGCCUGUGAAGCUUUCUGGGGGUACUGGGCAGUGGGCACCUCAGGGCUGGGGAGGACGGAGAGCCUUGAAGGAGUGGCAGGGAAAUCCAAGCUCUUCCGUAGAUGUGCCAGCCUGCAGGCUGGAGGUGCUCGGAGCCUGUGCAGGCUCCCGGUACACACUACCCCUCUCUGUGCAGGGGGCCAGUGCCUCUCCCUGCUCUGUGAGCGUUGCUCAGCGGGCCACCCCAUCCCUGGGUCCUGUCAGGGGCUGUCAGGGGAGACCCAGUGAGAAUGUAGCAUUUUGUUCAUCCCAGAUUAGUUGCCCUGGGUUCUAGGCACUCUGCCUCUGGGAGAGAGACAGGGAAAGAGGGAUGGGAAUAGGGACCCAUUGUGUUUUAACCUGUACAGAGUAUUUGGCUUUCUGUUGUCCACAUACGUGUGUGUGUGCGUGUGUGUGUGUGUGUGUGUGUGUGUGUAUCUUCCCCCCCAUCAACUGGUACCAUUUUUAA